UCAACCGCUAAACCCCCGAGGAGGAAAGCGAUUCGGGCUUGGCUCCUUGCCGUCGCUGGUGGAGGUGCCGCCGCCCGGGUCCUUUUCUUGUUCCUCCUCGUCGCGCACCAUUUAAUCAAUCUUGUCGAGGCGGAUUUGCACCGUCUCCGUCCAGCUGCUGCUGCGGCGAGGUCGGCGCGCCUGAGUGCUAGGCGAUUUGGUGGGUGAUUGAUUGCCGGACUUGGGGGGAGUUUGGGUUUCUUGGUUUGGUUCGUGGUGGACUGGUGGUGGCCGCGGAAUGCGGUGAAUUGGCGGGAGUCCGCUCCGUUAGUGGGGGAGUGUUCUUGCUGAUUGGGAUUGGUGAGUUCUUGGUUCAGGCGCCAUGGACGGCGGCGGCGAUGCUGCGAAAUCAGGGAAGCACGGGCAGGUGUGCCAGAUCUGCGGCGACGGCGUGGGCACGACGGCGGACGGCGAGCUGUUCACCGCCUGUGACGUCUGCGGGUUCCCGGUGUGCCGGCCCUGCUAUGAGUACGAGCGCAAGGACGGUAGCCAGGCGUGCCCGCAGUGCAAGACCAAGUACAAGCGCCACAAGGGGAGCCCACCGAUAGAUGAAAGUGAGGAUGUUGAUGCAGAUGAUGCUAGUGAUGUAAACUACCCAACCGGCAACCAGGACCAUAAGCACAAGAUUGCCGAGAGGAUGCUCACCUGGCGCAUGAACUCGGGGAGGAAUGAUGAGAUUGGUCAUCCAAAGUAUGACAGUGGUGAGAUUGGUCAUCCAAAGUAUGACAGUGGUGAAAUCCCUCGCGUAUAUAUCCCGCCACUCACUCACAGCCAGAUCUCAGGUGAAAUUCCUGGAGCAUCCCCUGAUCAUAUGAUGUCUCCUCUUGGGAACAUUGGCAAACGUGGCCAUCCAUUUCCCUAUGUGAACCAUUCACCAAACCAAUCAAGGGAGUUUUCUGGUAGCCUUCGCAAUGCUGCUUGGAAAGAGAGAGUAGAUGGCUGGAAAAUGAAGGACAAGGGUGCACUUCCCAUGACUAAUGGUACAAGCAUUGCUCCUUCAGAAGGUCGUGAAGUUGGUGACAUUGAUGCAUCUACUGACUAUAACAUGGAGGAUGCCUUACUGAAUGAUGAAACUCGCCAACCUCUGUCGAGAAAAGUGCCGAUUUCGUCAUCCAGAAUAAAUCCCUACAGAAUGGUUAUUGUGUUACGCUUGAUUAUCCUAUGUAUAUUCUUGCACUACCGUAUCACAAAUCCUGUGCGUAAUGCAUAUCCUCUAUGGUUGCUCUCUGUAUGUGAGAUUUGGUUUGCUCUAUCCUGGAUUCUGGAUCAGUUCCCCAAGUGGUCCCCAAUCAACCGUGAAACUUACUUGGAUAGGCUGACUUUAAGGUAUGACCGAGAAGGUGAACCAUCUCAAUUGGCUCCUGUUGACAUUUUUGUCAGUACCGUGGAUCCUAUGAAAGAACCUCCUCUUGUUACUGCCAAUACUGUGCUUUCCAUCCUUGCCGUGGACUACCCUGUUGAUAAGGUAUCUUGCUAUGUGUCUGAUGAUGGAGCUGCAAUGUUGAGUUUUGAUGCGCUUGCUGAGACUUCAGAAUUUGCUAGAAAAUGGGUACCAUUCUGUAAGAAGUACAGCAUAGAACCCAGAGCUCCAGAGUGGUACUUUACACAAAAGAUUGAUUACUUGAAAGACAAAGUUCAGGCUUCUUUUGUUAAAGAUCGCCGUGCCAUGAAGAGGGAAUAUGAAGAAUUUAAAGUUCGUAUUAAUGCACUCGUUGCCAAGGCACAGAAAGUUCCUGAGGAAGGAUGGAUAAUGCAAGAUGGCACACCUUGGCCUGGUAACAAUACCAGAGACCAUCCUGGGAUGAUUCAGGUUUUCCUUGGUCAUAGUGGUGGCCUUGAUACUGAGGGCAAUGAGCUUCCCCGUCUAGUCUAUGUGUCUCGUGAGAAACGCCCUGGAUUCCAACACCAUAAAAAGGCUGGUGCCAUGAAUGCACUUGUUCGUGUAUCAGCUGUCCUUACUAAUGGACAAUACUUGUUGAAUCUUGACUGUGAUCACUACAUCAACAAUAGCAAAGCUCUCCGAGAGGCUAUGUGCUUCCUUAUGGAUCCAAACCUAGGAAGGCGUGUCUGUUAUGUCCAAUUUCCUCAGAGGUUUGACGGUAUUGACAGAAAUGAUCGAUAUGCAAACAGGAACACAGUGUUUUUUGAUAUUAAUUUGAGAGGUCUCGAUGGUAUCCAAGGACCAGUUUACGUGGGAACUGGUUGCGUGUUCAACAGAACAGCUCUUUAUGGUUAUGAACCCCCUAUUAAACAGAAGAAGCCAGGUUUCUUCUGUUCGCUCUUUGGGGGGAAAAAGAAGACAGCAAAGUCGAAGAAGAAGAGCUCGGAAAAGAAGUCACACAAGCAUGUGGACAGUUCUGUGCCAGUUUUUAAUCUUGAAGAUAUAGAGGAAGGGAUUGAAGGUUCUGGAUUUGAUGAUGAGAAAUCACUGCUGACGUCUCAAAUGAGCUUGGAGAAAAGAUUUGGCCAAUCUAGUGUUUUUGUAGCCUCCACUCUGAUGGAAUAUGGUGGUGUCCCUCAAUCUGCAACUCCAGAAUCUCUUCUGAAAGAAGCUAUACAUGUUAUCAGCUGUGGCUAUGAAGACAAAAGUGACUGGGGAACUGAGAUUGGAUGGAUCUAUGGUUCUGUUACAGAAGAUAUUCUCACUGGGUUCAAGAUGCAUGCGCGAGGCUGGUGGUCAAUCUACUGCAUGCCUAAGCGACCAGCAUUCAAGGGUUCUGCCCCUAUUAACUUUUCAGAUCGUCUGAACCAGGUGCUUCGGUGGGCUCUUGGUUCUGUAGAAAUUCUUUUUAGCAGGCAUUGCCCCAUAUGGUAUGGAUACGGAGGACGGCUUAAGUUUCUGGAGAGAUUUGCUUACAUCAACACCACUAUUUAUCCACUCACAUCUGUCUCACUCCUCUUGUACUGCAUAUUGCCGGCUAUUUGUCUUCUCACUGGGAAGUUCAUCAUCCCAGAGAUUAGCAAUUUUGCAAGUAUUUGGUUUAUCUCUCUCUUUCAGUCAAUCUUUGCUACUGGUAUCCUUGAGAUGAGGUGGAGUGGUGUUGGCAUCGAUGAAUGGUGGAGGAAUGAGCAAUUUUGGGUUAUUGGUGGUAUUUCUGCACAUCUAUUUGCGGUCUUCCAGGGUCUUCUGAAGGUCCUUGCUGGUAUUGAUACCAGCUUCACUGUCACCUCAAAGGCCUCUGAUGAAGAAGGCGAUUUUGCUGAGCUCUACAUGUUCAAGUGGACAACGCUUCUGAUCCCACCAACCACAAUAUUGAUCAUCAACCUGGUUGGUGUUGUUGCUGGUAUCUCCUAUGCGAUCAACAGUGGCUACCAGUCAUGGGGUCCGCUCUUUGGGAAGCUCUUCUUUGCCUUCUGGGUCAUUGUCCACCUGUACCCCUUCCUCAAGGGUCUCAUGGGUCGGCAGAACCGUACGCCGACCAUCGUUGUUGUUUGGGCCAUCCUCCUCGCGUCCAUUUUCUCCUUGCUGUGGGUUCGUAUCGAUCCGUUCACUACCCGGGUCACAGGUCCUGAUACCCAGAAGUGUGGCAUCAACUGCUAGGAGUGAGCAAGAUAGUAUGUGAAGCAUCAACAACCUGUUCUGUUGUGAAAAUUAUUAGUGGUUGACUAUAUAUAUAGUCUACCAUAAGAUAUGAACUGCCAGAAGGAUUGUUCUGUAGUAUUAGUUUGUGGUACCUUGGUGUUCCUGUGUUGAUAAUUAAGCUAGUAGAACUAAUGUCGAGGAAAUUUGCAUUUUAUGGGACAUAUCAUAUCAACAUUGUUGAAAGUAUAAGCAUAUAAUGAUUUAA